UUCACAGGGCUCUAUGUUUAUGAAUUGAAAGUGAGUUCGUCUCGGUAUAAGUGCUUUGUAUAAGCACAAACAAGCUCGUAAUUCAUUUUUGGAAAGUAAAAUGUACAUUUACCAUGUAACUAACUGCAAAAGCGGCCCUGUAGCAUACAAAGAACUCAACGUCGCAUUAGUUUAAAGAGACUUUCAAGACUGUGACCAUGGGCAGGCUAGAUGACGCCGCCAAGCGCAAGGUGGUAGAACUACGGGAGGCCGGCCUGAGUUUCCGCAAGAUCAAAGCUGUCCUGGAGCUGGAGAACAUCAAGGUGUCUGCACAGGCCAUCUACCUCUUCCUAAAGGAGUUCCAUGGAAAGAGUCGCCAAAAAGGUGCUUUGUCCGGAAACAGCUGCCCUCCGGCAGCCUCAGGGACUGCACCAGCAAGGGAUGUGGGGCUUGGGGAAGCAAGGCAAAGUGGUUGGAGUGAGCAACAGCUGAGGAAUCUGCUGCGAGAGGCCUCCCGCGUCACUUGCUUCCCAUCCCCCACAGAUUCCUCAGGGCAGAGUGGAGCACCUCCAGACUCCAGGGGACAGACCUCUGGGACAGGGGUCACUAGCCAUGAGCAGCAGGACGGGGAUGGGAAGGACGAAGAUGUCCGUAUUGUCAGUGUCACCUCACUGGCGCAUAAUACUCAACAUGGGAGCAUUCACACAGCACGUUCAGGGAUUAGCUCAGGAGCAACUGGUCCAUUUUCAAGGAGAAGGUACACACCCUCACCAGCAAACCCAGUUCUUGUGGCUCGGAAAAGACUUCUGGAUAAGGCUUUGUUCCACAGAGCAAGGGUAAGGGACAGUGGCCCUCAGUCUGGACAACAGGCAGUGUCGUUACUGAGAAGAGACCAGUCUUGUUUUUCUGGCUCUGAAGGAAGAAAGGUUAUGUUACCCCAAACUGCCUCAUAUGACCUCACAACCCCCCGACCUCCUAUGAGGGGUCUUCACCCAGGAACCAGCAUUUUAAGACGAGGAUUUCAGCAAAGGGCAAAUGUUCCUACGCGCUCACUUCAGCAACCACCCCGCAUUGGCAUUCGACUUCCUACCCCAGCCCAAUCAAGCACCGUGCCCCAGAAUGCGAGCUCCUCUGUACGGGCCCAGGCCCCAACCAGCCAGCCCUCCCCUCCCUGCCAGCAGAGCAACCUGGAUGCUGGAACACCAAGUGGCCUACAGGAGCAGGUCAAGUCUCUGGCUUCAGAAGUACGCAGUCUUAGCUUGGCUCUGAGGAUGAUGAUGGAGCAGCAGGGACGGCUGGAGAGAGAGCAGAGCCAGCAGACACAAGUCCAGAAGCAGAUCCUAAGUACCUUGCAGGAGCUAACAUCCAAAUUGGGCCCUUGCAGCCUUCAGCACACUACAACUCCCACAAUUCCCUCUUGCCCCUUCUCUUCAGCCUCUUAUAGCCAAAGUACUUUCACUGCCAGCCAAGCCAGCUAUACUUCAUGCAGCCAAGCCCAGUCCAGGUACAGUGACAUUGAUGGGUCCGUUCUAGAGAACAUUGAGGCAUUUGCUUUGGAUAGUCUUAGCACUGCUACCAUAAAUGGCUUUCAGCCUUGUAGCACUUCAGACACCCUCUCUUUCACCCAGACACACCCUCCAGCAUUCACACAGUCUCGCACACAAACCUACACCCCUGAUGUGCUCUCCUACACACAGUCACACACGGACACCUAUGCAGGGAUGGACAGCAAGCCUGUAGAAAUGGGCUCAACCAGUACAAAUGGAUCUUUUCCGGCUUGUAGCUCUUCUACUCAGUCAUCUCAAGCUAUCUCUCCACAUGAUGCCCAGCUGACCAUCAUCAAGGUGGAGAAUAUUUAAAACAAAAAUAGUGAAUUUAAGGACUUUAUUUCCUCUUUCCAUCCUACAGUUUUUGUAAAUUCUGGAUAUACAUAUGUGGUUGAAUAGAACUGGACUGCAUGGAGAUUACCUAAGAGGAAAACCUUUUAGGUAGCCCUGCAGCUGUAGCCAUAGUGGUUCAGUAACUUUUAACAAUAGUUUGGGAUAUCCCCUCACAGACUUUGUUAAAAUAGUUUUUUUAUAAUUCUCAAAUGGCUUUAAUUGGCAUGACCAAACUCAUGUUCAGUAUUACAAAUAGGUAGACUGUUAAAUUCUGUUUUGUAUAUAUAGAUAUAGAAUAAAUCCAAAGUAAUGUAUUCAUUUAUGAACAUGAUAUAAAUUUUCAACCUUUGAAGAUGGAUGACCCUAUCUUUGUGGUUUCACAAAGACUGUACAACAUAUUGGUAUUUUCAUGCCACUUGAAUGUGCUUUUUUGGUAAUUUUGUACCCUGCACAUUUCAUUGUUUAGAUGUGGGAAGGUUGGUGGAACAAAUUAGAAGUUCCAUGUACAUGAGGUAACAAGAUGAAAUGUUGGAAUUGUUGUAAAAAUAAAGUCUUUAAGAAUGCUGA